AUGGAAAAUUGGGGAUUGAUAACUUUCAAAUCACGUUUUCUAUAUGGUGAGGAAUCGCUUGUAACUCAAGUUAUAGCACAUGAAAUUGCUCACCAAUGGUUUGGAAAUUUGGUUACAACACAUUGGUGGAAUGAAUUAUGGUUAAAUGAAGGUUUUGCUUCACUAUAUGAAUAUUUGGCAACUGAUUAUAUAAGUGAUGGAAAAUAUAGCUUCAAAAAACUUAUAGAAUCUAACACGAAAAAGUAUCUUUCAAUUCAUUCACUAGGAAACGACACAAAACCUGCAACUAAAACAAUCGAUUCCUUAGCAUCAAUAGCAAAUGCUUUUGAUAUUGCGACAUAUGCAAAAAGUGGAAUUAUCUUGAACAUGUUCAGAAAAGUUAUUGGAAUCAAGCAAUUUGAUGAAUCAAUCAGGCAAUAUUUAAAAGGACAAUCGUAUUCCACAUCAAAUUCGAGAGUAUUCUUCAGUUAUUUUCAAAUGCCUAGAGGAAAUGGACCAUCUUCAGUUGAUGAAUUUUUGAGACCAUGGUUUGAACAAGUUGGACAUCCACUUAUCACGGUUGAUCACUUUAAUGAAACGCAUAAUAUUCUAUCCCAAAGUAGAUUUGAUAAUGGAAAAUUGAAAGAAAUAGAUAAUCAAACACCUUAUCCAUUUUGGAAAUAUCAAUGGGAUAUACCCGUUUGGUAUUUGAAUGAGAACAAUGAUUUAGAAUAUGUAUGGCUUUUCAAAAAUUCUACCGCAAUCGUCCGCAAAAACGCAAAACUUAAUCCAGAAGGAAGUGGAAUUUAUAAAAUAAAAAAUAAUGUUGAAGCUCAGAAACUCCAAGAAUCUGGUCAACGUACAACAUUUCCAUUAUUCAAUGUUCAUAUGGAUAUUAUAUAA